AACUGACCAUGUAUUAAUCGCACUUUCCUACUAAUUAUUUCCUCUCGAAAAUAAAUUUUUUAUAUCAAGCAAUUAUGAAAUUUUUGUAUGCCGUAUUUAUUCUUACUAUUCUACAAAACGAACUGAUCACUACAGUUACUCUAUUUUAUGAAGAUUCGUCUGAAGAUCUUUAUAUCUCUGCGUCAGAAGGAAGAUGUACUACAUUAGUUAGUUAUCGAACCUCUAAGUUAUUGCCAUACUCAGAAACAUAUAAAGAAAAGACGUGGGGUAUUUUUUAUAAGACUCGAACUCGAUGGAAUUAUAGGACACAGUAUUAUACAUCAUGGCGCAGACAAUAUGUGUGUUGCAGUGGAUAUAAGCUUGGAUAUAAGACUUUAUCUGUUUUGCCUGUAUGUCAACCAAUUUGUGAACCUGAAUGUGGAAACGGCAUUUGUAUUAAACCAAAUGUAUGUAUAUGCAAUUAUGGAUAUGAAGAAAAGCAUACAUUUUCCUAUCCUGUUUGUGUCCCUGUAUGCACUCACAAUUGCAUGCAUGGCAAAUGCACCGCACCUGACGUUUGUACGUGCGAUCAUGGAUACUCAUUGAGCAUAAAUAAUUAUACUUGUGAACCUGUUUGCGAUUUAUUAUGUCUCACAGGAUCGUAUUGCUCCGAACCGAAUCACUGUGCUUGUCUAGAUGGAUACACCGAUAUAAUUGUUCAACAAGAUCUCAGAAUACUUAACAAAUGCCGACCUAUUUGCAAAAACCCAUGCAUUCACGGUGAAUGCACAGCUCCUGAUACCUGUACUUGCCAUGAUGGUUAUGAGCUUGAUUCAGAUAAUAUAUUCGUUUGUAAACCCAUAUGCGAACAUGGUUGUCUUUAUGGCACAUGUACGGCACCUUACGUGUGCACUUGCGACAAAGGUUAUUCCUUAAAAACUCCGAGUACGUGCGAACCAAUUUGCAGUGAAGCUUGCAUCAUGGGUAUCUGCGUGGCUCCUGAAAGCUGCAGCUGUUUCGAAGGCUAUGGAUUACUUGAAAAUUCAAAGCAUAUUUGUGAGCCGGUCUGUGAAAAAGCUUGCAUCAAUGGGAGAUGCACUGCGCCUGGGAUAUGCACAUGCAACGAAGGAUUUCAAUUGAGCGGCGAUGAAUCAAUGAAACACGCUUGUGAACCUUAUUGCGAAAUUUCUUGCGAACCGUUUGGCAUGUGCGCUGCACCGAAUGUUUGCAUUUGUUUUGAAGGAUAUCGUCUAAUUAACAGGACUCAAGCCAAGAAAAGUAUAUCAUAUUUUGCUGAUAAUUCAAUGUGCGAGCCGAUCUGCGACACAGAAUGCAUCAAUGGAUUUUGCAGCGCUCCUGAAACGUGUAUCUGUGAUAUCGGUUAUCAACCGUCAGGCGGCAUCUUUACCAAUAUCUGCGAACCUAUCUGUAGCCAAAAUUGCAUAAACGGCGUUUGCAGCGCACCCGAAAUUUGUACAUGCAACGAAGGCUAUCGUCCUGCCAAAAACAAUUCUUCGAACAUAUGCGAACCUUUCUGCGAAACUGACUGCAUCAAUGGAUAUUGCAGCGCGCCAAAUGAAUGCACCUGUAACUUCGGCUACCAGCCUAUCGAGAACAAUCGUACGAACCUUUGCGAACCGAUAUGUAAUCCAAGCUGCAAGAAUAGUAUCUGUGUCCAACCUGACGUAUGCAAUUGCAAACCAGGCUAUCGUCAAUCGACGCAUUCUACGAACGUGUGCGAUCCUAUCUGUCAUCCAGCCUGCGAAACAAAUGGAAUCUGCGAGGCGCCUGACUUAUGCGUUUGCGAGGAUAACUAUCGCAUGAUUUAUUAUAAUGAAAAAGAUGUUCCGUUUAAAUGCGAGCCGAUCUGCAGCGUUGACUGCGGAAAUGGCACAUGUACAGCGCCAGAUCGCUGCACGUGCUUCGAUGGUUAUCGAAAUGCGGAAACGGGCUGGUGCGAGCCUUUUUGUUCAACGUGCAACAAUGGCACGUGCGUAGCACCUGAAGUUUGCGAAUGCGACGAUGGAUUUAUCUUCGAAGAUUCGGGAAUCAGAUCCGAGGGAAAUUUAAGUUCGUUUUCUGAGGAUGAGCUCGGAAAUGCAAGUAGAUGCGUGCCACGUUGCGAAAAUUGCGAUAACGGUGAUUGCGUGGCACCGAAUGAAUGUCAAUGUCAUGUCGGUUUCGUGAAAAUCAAAGAUAUCUGCGAGCACGCGUGCCAAGGUGGCUGCGGCUCUCACGGCGAAUGCAUCGAUGAACGCAGGGUUUGCGAAUGCAAUUACGGAUGGACCGGUCCGCAUUGUGAUGAACCAACCUUGUGUAUCUCGAUUUUGGAUGAUGAAGAUAAUCGUACUGAGUCAUUAACAGUCACAGAGGAACAAAAUAAUACUAUCAAGCAUGUACUUGUAAAUAAUCCAGAAUGUCCCGAGUGUAUUAAUAAAAUAAACAAUGAAACUUUGUGCUUUAAGAUGUAUACUAAUGCCACAGAGGAAAAAACACAAAUUGGUUGUUUAAUGAAUCAAGAAUGCCUUGAAUUAAGCAGUUACAGAAAGGAAAAAGAAAUUAUCAAACUAAGUGGAAUCGCAGGUGGUUUCGGAAUAUUACUUCUGAUAAUAGUAAUAACAGCUUAUAUAGUACUACGAAAACGUCGAAACAGACAAACUGGUUCAGAUGAUGAGCAAGUAGUUUGCACAGACGGUACAUUAACGCAAGGGCUACUUGAACAAAGUAUUAUUAAUUCAAAACGUUACAAUAGUCAGUUCAAGUUUCACGGAAUAAGUGUCAAUACAGCAAGUAUUCAUAAUAACAACGCUAUGGGAUUAUUUAAAAGUUUGAUCACUUUAUUGAUUGCCAGGAUGUUAUUUUUACAAAUAAGCAACUUGUACACAAAUGGUGAAAUUUCCGUAAUGUCUGUAUCAGAUUAUAAUAAGCCAUCUGCGCACCAUAUACCACUUGAAGAUUCACUGUGUGUUAAAGUAAUCAGCCAUGAGUUCCCCCUAUAUGCAAAUCAUAUAGAAGCAAAUAACCUUCCACUAAAUUCACUAAACGAAUUUAUCGAACAAUUGAGAACAAGGACUAAUAAGAGAAUACUAACGACACAAGCUGCAUGCUGCGAAGGCUAUGUUCAAAUCAUUUCAUUCUGUGAACCGUUUUGUCGAUCUUGUAAGAAGGGAUACUGCACUGGACCGAACGUUUGCACAUGUCACGCAGGAUAUCGAGCUUCGAAUGACACGAACGACGAAGAGAUGUGCGUGCCCGUGUGCACGAAUGGUUGCAUCAACGGCACGUGCAUCGAACCUGAUAUAUGUAGCUGCAACAAGGAUUACUGGUUGGAUUCAGACGGAUUCACUUGUCGUCCCGUCUGUGACGAGGAAUGCGAAAGUAACAACGGAUAUUGCAACGAACCGCAUGUCUGCUCGUGUCUUCGUGGUUACAAGAAAACUGGAAACAACUUCACUUCGUCCAUGUGCGAGCCUGUUUGCGAUCGCGAAUGCAUAAACGGUUAUUGCAGGGCACCUAAUGUCUGCAAAUGCCUGGAUGAUUACGAGCACGAGGACAACCCUUUCACCUGCUCGCCUAAGUGCAACAAAACCUGCGUUUUUGGCACGUGCGUAGCGCCACAGACUUGCCAGUGUGACUACGGUUACAGAUACCGUGACGAAAGUACGAAAUACAUAUGCGAACCGAUCUGUGAGAUGGAUUGUAGCAACGGCACGUGUGUCACGCCUGGAGUAUGCGUCUGUGACGAGGGUUUUGUUUAUGACAAUCAGAUGGAUCCAGUUUGCAAGCCGCAUUGCACAGUACCUUGUGGACCACAUGGGAAAUGUACGUCGCCCAAUACAUGCACUUGCUCCGAGGGAUAUCGCUACAGUAAUGCAAGCUUCCCCUUGAAAAACGAAAGCUUAUGCGAGCCGAUUUGCGAAAGAGGCUGUCAGAAUGGCGAUUGCGUCGGACCGAAUUAUUGCAUUUGUCACAAUCAUUUUGUGCCAAAUUUCGGGUCUAGCUUUGAGGUGGAAUGCAUUCCCAAGUGUUCUCGUAAUUGCAGUGGCCACAGUGCGUGUAUUAUUGAAGACAACGAGCACAGAUGUAAAUGUCACUAUGGUUGGACAGGAUGGGAUUGCGAUCAACCGACUUUAUGCAUUACAACAAUGGAUUUUAAUAGCAGCGAUAUCAAUAGAAUUACAAUCCGUAACGAUACAAAUAGUACAAUCAUACAAGUCUACGAAAACGCGCCAUAUUGUCAAUGCAAUAAUUUCCUUAACAAAGAAUCACUCUGCUACAUGAUACAUUCUGAUAAAGGCAAUACGACUCCAAUCAUCAGCUGUUUAUUAAGUACAGAUUUACCUUGUUAUCUCACCUCGGUACCUCACAGCGCUUCGAUUGGCGCCGCCAAAGAGUGGCCUCUCGUGGUUAUUGCCAUAUUAAUUGCGACAAUUUUAAUAACGGUAGCAUAUUUAAUGUAUCGCAGAUACGAAAAGAAGAAAUUGAUUAUAGGUAUGCCGACAAAUUUCUUAGUACGAAAAUCUGUCGCCACCGAAUCUUUAUUAAAUGAAAUGUGAUCAAUCUUUGAAAGAAAUAACAUCGAAAAUCAUUGAAGAAUUAUAAUAGAAUCGUAAUAAAGUAG